AUGACUGAUUUGAAUACACUAAGAGAUCGCCACUGGAUGGACGUGGCCAUGGCUGCUCUCUUAAAAGUAAACUCUACUUUUUUUCUCUUCCGGCCUCCUUGCUGCUCGCCGGUGCCUGUGCCGGCCGCGCCGUCCCCAAGCCCCGUAACCACGCCGCGCAAAAUCGAGGAGAUCAAGGACUUUCUGCUCACGGCGCGGCGCAAGGACGCCAAGUCCGUGAAGAUCAAGAAAAACAAGGAUAAUGUGAAGUUUAAAGUCCGAUGCAGCAGAUACCUGUACACCCUGGUCAUCACGGACAAAGAGAAGGCAGAGAAGCUGAAGCAGUCCCUGCCCCCAGGUUUGGCAGUAAAGGAGCUGAAGUGAGCCGGGCCUGCUGACUUGAACUGUAUUAAACAUUUAAAAAUUCUUAAAAAAAAAA